AUGGAAUUUUCUUCAGGAGUUGGAACUCCAUUCGUUUGUGUGUUUAUCAAUUUUUUAUUUUAUUUCGUUGCAUUAGUACCAGUACGAAGAGCUCAAGCAUUACAAGAAGGCGGCUAUGAUAAUUCUAAUCCAAGAGAUCAAUACAAUAGACUGCCUGAUUGGGGGAAAAGGGCAGUUGGAGCAGCAAAUAAUACAUUCGAAGGACUUGUUUUCUUCUCUAUAGCAGUAUUUAUUGGUAAGUAA